AUGAAUCUGACGUACGCAUCGGAUUCAACGGCUGUUAUUAAAGUCGACACAGACACGCAGAACCAAACAAGUGGUCGCAAAUCUGUUCGCGUCACCUCAACAAAUACAUAUAAUGACGGACUAUUUAUUUCGAUGUUGUUCACACGCCAUAUCGAUGUGCAACAUGGCCAGCACUUUGAAAAUGGCGAAAUUGACGUUAUGGAAUCGAACAAUAAGGGGACGCACGGAAAUGAUAUGACCUUGCACACAACCAGUGGCUGCAAGAUGAACGCCAAGCGAAAGGAAACCGGCACGGCUCAAUACUCAAAUUGCCUCAAUACGGCAAACGACAACUCUGGCUGUAGCGUGAAGGGCAAGUCUGCAACAUACGGUGAGACUUUCAACAAUAAUGGCGGUGGAGUGUACGCUAUGGAGCUUCGUGAUGCAGGAGUUCGUGUAUGGAUGUUUUCUCGAGAUAAUAUCCCUUCAGACAUCUCGAACUCAAGUAGCCCGGAUCCUUCGACGUGGGGAGAGGCUCUGGCAGAUUUUCCUAGCACCCACUGCGACAUCAGCUCGCAUUUCCGGAAUCAAAGCAUCAUUGCAAAUAUCGACGUUUGUGGUGAUCUUGCUGGUGCCGCCUCAUAUUAUACGGAUCUCAACGAGUGUGCAGACACGUGCACUCAAUUUGCGGCGGAGAAUGGAGCAAACUUUACAACGGCCUACUGGGUGUUCAACAGCUUCAAGAUAUACCAGACUCCAUAG